AUGCACGACCAGCAGCCGACUGCGAAGGUGAACUUCGACAUGCCCUCGCGCCCGGGGCACAAGGGCGAGCUCAAUGACAAGAUUCUUCAGCGCGUCCGCUUCAUUGCUGCCCAGCUCGGCCUCCCCAGACUUGAGGAGAGGUUUGCGCACUUAAAGGAGACGAACGGGACGUGGCGGACCGGCAGCGCUUCCGACAGCAUCGACCUCGCCCGGUACAUCGAUCACACGCUCCUCAAGGCGGAUGCCUCUCAUGCGGCCAUCGUGCAGCUAUGUGAGGAGGCAAAAGCGCAUCACUUUAAGGCAGUCUGCGUAAACGGCUGCCAUGUGGCUCAGUGCGCACGGCUGUUGGCCGGCUCGGAGGUUCAGGUCGCGUGCGUCUGCGGCUUUCCACUAGGCCAGAUGACAUCCGCCAUGAAGGUCGCCGAGGCGACAGAAGAAAUCUCUAACGGGGCGCAGGAGGUGGACAUGGUCAUCAACAUCGGCGCCCUUAAGAGCAAGUGCUACGAUGAUGUCUUCACCGAUAUCAAGGGCGUCUGUGAUGUCUGCGCAAGAGCGAAUGCCGUGUCGAAGGUGAUCCUCGAAACCUGUCUCCUGUCAGAGGAGGAGAUCGUCGAUGCGUGCAUCAUGAGCGUGGCAGCUGGCGCGACGUUCGUGAAGACUUCCACUGGCUUCAGCACGGGCGGCGCAACUCCAGAGGCAGUUGACAUUAUGCUAGCCGUUGUCGGCAACGAGGCUUCGGUGAAGGCGAGCGGUGGUGUGCGGGACCACUAUGCGGUGAUGCAGUACGUUCAAGCCGGCGUGAAGCGGAUUGGCACGAGCUCUGGUGUCGUCAUCGUGUCGCCCUAG